AUGCCAGCAACCUUAGGUCUGAUACCUUCACAACAAGAAUCAUUUGAACAUCAUGAGGAAUUAAGCAAAUUAUUAAAUGAAACUGAUGUUUUCUAUGUACCAUUUCAAAGUCAUUUUCAACAUAAUCUAGACUUAUCAGAUUUAACAAAACGUUUUGAUGAAGACAUUUUAAGCAAACAUUUAGUUGUUACAUUUCGAGAUAUAGGUUAUUCACUCUAUCUUGAUUCUGUUCAAAGUAUACCGGAUCAAAAUGAUGAAACAAAAACUCGUAUUUCAGGAAAAAUGAUUGUUGAUGGUAUAUGCAUUCAAUUUCUUGGUUGUUUUGAUUGCAAUAAUAAAAUUCCCAAUCCUUCUGAAAUACAACAAAUAAAUGGGGUGGGCAAAGUUCAAUUGGACGAAGACUAUUAUAAAGAACUAUCAACAACACAAGUUUACACCGAUGAAAAAAGUAUCGAAUCAAUGGGUCAUAUCGAGACAAUGGGUUCAACAGAACGAUCAAUAAUUAAAACAAAAACACGUUCUAGAACAAUUAGUGAAAAUAUUUUGGGAAAAAAUCAUAAUAAUAAUAAUUUAAAAAGUCCACCAUCAUCGCUUUCAAAUUCACGUUCUCAUAUGCAUUCGCCAAGUCGCAUGCCAUAUACAAGACGAUCACCUCGUACAAUAAAUCAUCCGAGUAAAGCUCAAUAUCAGGCAUCGUCCCCGAUUAAUAUUGAGAGUCCAUCAGUAUCAAGAAGCUCAGGUUUUCAUUCAUCUGUUAUAUCUCCAUCGUCAAGUGUAACGAGCUCGUUCAAUGAAAAUCCUCUUGACAUGUAUCAACAACAUCAUGUACCGUUAUUUUAUCCCUCGAAUAAUAUUUCGUCGAGUCUUAAUAAUCCAACAACAAUACCUAUACAAAUACCAUCGUCAAAUAAAACUAUUCCACCAGCAUCAUUCUCACAUUUGUCCGGUAUUUUCCCUACAAUUCAAUCGCAUUCAUUACCAAAUUAUUUUCUUCCUCAAGCAAAUUUUGCUUAUUUAAUUGCAAAUUCAAAUCAAAAUCCAACACCCCCAUUUCAUAUAAUAACUCCUCUAAAUCAUCCUUCAUUACAAUAUCCUAAUGCACAUUUUUCAACAUUAUCACAUAGUCAAGCAAAUUCAAUAAAUGAAAAUUUAACUUCAUUACAUAUUAAACGACCCGAUAAUGAAGAACAUAAACAAGCCCAAGUCAUGGAUACGAAUAAACAAUCUGAAGAGCAAUUACCAUUUAAAAAACGACGCUAUACAGGUCAAUCAUCAUCAGUCUAUUCACCUAUGGAUACUAAUCACGACGAUGAUGAUGCAUCGGAUGAAUCGAUGAAAAAAUAA